AUGUCAGCCCACGGGCUCUAUCCUGGAGUAGCAGUUGUUACCGGCGCGGCCGGCACUGGCAUCGGGGCAGCAAUAGCGAAGGCAUUUGCGGCUGAGGGGUGCAAACGCAUUGCUCUCACAGACCGCAAGUCGGACCUAUUAGACGCUGUUAAAACCGCUAUCGAGGCAACUUACGUCGGGACACAGGUAUACGCUGUGUCUGGUGAUAUAUCUGAUGCCGACUUUGUGCAAAGUUUCAUAGAUGGGGUCGUGGCCAAGUUCGGCAGAAUUGAUUAUGCCGCAAACUGUGCUGGUGUCCUUGGUACAGCACAGAGAUGCACAGAGACGAGUAUAGAGGAAUUCGACCGUCUAAACUCAAUCAACUACCGUGGUGUUUGGCUCUGCUCGCGUGCAGAGUUAGGGGUGAUGGUAAAGCAGGAUCCUCUGGAUGGUAACGUCCCCGGGCGGGCACCUAGCCGCGGUGCUAUCGUCAAUAUUGCUAGCCAGUUGGGCAUCGUCAACAAGGCCAAGACGGGACCCUAUAGCGCCUCCAAGGCGGCUGUGAUCUCUCUGACACGGUCGGAUGCGAUCGACUAUUCACAAGACGGUAUUAGAGUGAAUUGUGUCUGCCCCGGAGUCAUCGCCACACCAAUGACAGUAUGGGAUGAGGAGAGUCGGAAGCGAACAGAGCCAUUCGUGCAGAUGGCACCGCUUGGGCGAAUCGGACGGCCAGAAGAGAUCGCCGACGCGGCGCUAUUCCUGUGUUCCGCAAAGGCCAGCUUCGUCCAAGGUCAUGCAAUGGUGGUCGAUGGCGGAUACAUAUUGACUUGA